AUGGCUAACUGGACAAAAAGGUGAAAUAACAGACACUAUUUUUUAGUACUGUCAUGUUGCUUUGUUGGAAAGCAUAGCUAAAUAUAAUAUACCAAAAUUAGUUUACCUUUUUCGUUUUUGCAGAUUAAUAUACUGGACUAUGACUUACUUUUGAUACCAGUGCAUCUCCCUCAUCAUUGGGCUCUUGGGGGAUGCUGUUCUUUAUUAAAUAUAUAUUAUUAUUAUGGUUAAAGAAAAGAUAGUUCUAUUUAGUAAUGAUGAUCAUAUUUCUUUAUUCUGUAGUGUUCACACUACACUUUCUAUUUUGAUUCAUAGGUUGUGGAUGUCACACAAAAAACAAUCUCAUCUCAUACUGGGAUGGGAAGCAAAUUAUUUCUCCUGCCUUCUUCAAGAAUAUCAGGUGA